ACAUAGAAUAGAAUAAUACCCCAAAAUUUAUCGUAAAUAGCUAAAUAGGCGUCUAUGAAAGCUAAUUCCCAGUUCCCAUGGUUAAUAAGAUAUCCCCAGGCUCCAAUAAUUUGAACUACAAUGGAUUUUCUUUCACCUUACCCAAACUCUGCCAUAGCUGGACUCCUUGGCGUUAUUCUUCUAUCCUACUACCUUGUAAGGAGGUCCAGAGUUGGCUCAGCCAAAAUAGCACCUGUCGCUGCGGGUGCAUGGCCUAUAAUUGGUCACCUCCCUCUGUUGGGAGGAACGGAGCCUCCCCACAUAACGUUGGGAGCCAUGGCUGAAAAGUACGGACCCGUUUUUACUAUCCAACUGGGUUUGCAACCUGCUUUGGUAAUAAGCUGUUGGGAGAUGGCCAAGGAGUGCUUCACCACCAACGACCUGGCUGUUUCCUCGCGGCCCAAACUUGUAGCCGCUAAACACUUUGGCUAUAACUUCGCCAUGUUCGGCUUCGCACCCUAUGGUCCCUAUUGGCGUGAAUUGCGUAAAAUAGCCGCCUUGGAGCUACUAUCUAACCAUCGGCUUGAGUUGCUUUCUUACGUUCGAGUCUCCGAAGUCGAGACCACCUUACAAGAGUUAUACAUACUCUGGACAAAGAAAAAGAACGUUUCAGGCCAGAUUUUGGUGGAGUUGAAGCAGUGGUUCGGGGACAUGAGUCUCAAUGUGAUUCUUAGGAUGGUUGCUGGAAAGCGGUACUUUUCUUCUAGUGCAGUGGCUGAUGAGGAGUCGCGACGUUGCCAAAAGUCAGUGAGGGCAUUCUUUCAUUAUCUUGGGAUGUUUGUGGUGUCAGAUGCCAUUCCUUACCUUGGGUGGUUGGAUUUGGGUGGACAUGAGAAGGCCAUGAAGAAAACUGCAAAAGAAUUCGAUGGUUUUCUUGCAGGAUGGUUGGAAGAGCAUAAGCGUAAGAGAGCAUUAGGUGAGGCUAAAGGGGAAAGAGAUUUCAUGGACGUAAUGCUUUCUGUCCUUGAUGACAAAGACGUUGCAGGUUAUGACGCUGAUACGAUCAACAAAGCUACAUGUAUGAAUAUAAUUGCAGGAGGCAAUGAUACCAGCACAGUUACCCUAACUUGGGCAAUAUCGCUACUGUUGAACAAUCGCCGAGUGUUGAAAAAGGCUCAAGAUGAGCUUGAUGUCCAAGUUGGCAAGGAAAGAGCCGUAAAGGAGUCGGAUAUCAGUCAGCUGGUCUACCUCCAGGCCAUAGUGAAAGAGAUAUUUCGUUUAUAUCCACCAGCACCUCUAUCAGGACCGCGUGAAUUCUGUGAGGACUGCAUCAUAGGUGGUUACCAUGUCCCAAAAGGCACCCGGCUAAUCACAAACCUUUGGAAAAUUCAUAUAGAUCCACGCAUAUGGUCAGAUCCAUUGACAUUCCAGCCAGAAAGAUUUCUCACCACCCAAAAAGAUAUUGAUAUUAGGGGUAAAAAUUUUGAGUUAAUCCCGUUUGGAAGUGGUAGAAGAGUUUGCCCUGGAAUAUCUUUUGGCCUUCAAAUGAUACACUUAGCUCUGGCUAGUUUCUUACAAAUGUAUGAGAUUUCAACUCCUUCGAAUGCGUUGGUUGAUAUGACUGAAAGCUCUGGACUAACAAACUUGAAAGCCACUCCACUUGAAGUUCUCAUCACACCACGCCUACCUUCCAAGCUUUAUGGAUUAACCACCGUCUAAUACAAUUCAUGGCCAUGGAUAGGCCUAAGUACUGUGAUGAUAUUAUGAAUAUGCAUAUUAUUGCAAUCCCUUUAUUAUUAAGAAAUAUAUUAUGAUAA